ACUCUGUAGGCGGGUUUCGGGCGGGCGCAGUGUCUUGUGAUAAGUGCUAGUUAUCGCGGGAACUGCAUUCAAAAAUCCCUGGCGCUUUCCGGAGACUCGCGGAAUGAAUGGGAGGGUGUUUCUUUGGUGCGGUAGGAUUAGCGAAUCUGGGCAUCCGGAGCAGCGCUCACCUGAAGCCACAGGCUGCUGCAGCUAGAGGAAAGAGUGAGGAGAGAGUAGGCUAAAAAUAGGAAAAGAACAUGGAGGCAGAUAUAAUUGCAGAUCUUCGAAGCAAGCUUAAAGAGGUUGAAAAAGAGCGAUUAACAGCUGCACAGUAUGGUUUACAACUGCUAGAGAGCCAGAACGAGCUGCAGAAUCAAUUGGAUAAAUAUCGUAAUGAAAUGAUGACUAUGACUGAGAAUUAUGAACAAGAAAAAUAUACUCUUCAGAGAGAGGUUGAACUCAAGAGUCGAAUGUUAGAAAGUUUGAACUGUGAAUGUGAAGCUAUUAAACAACAACAGAAAGUGCAGCUGGAGCAAUUAGAAGAGCAGUUGAAUAGAAGCCAUGGACAAGAAAUGAAUGAACUAAAAAAUAAGUUAGAAAAACUGAAAGUGGAGUUAGAUGAAGCUAGGCUUAGUGAAAAGCAAUUGAAGCGCAAAGUAGAUCACCAGAAGGAACUCCUGGCACAUAAGUCAGAGGAAAUACGGAUAAUGUCUGAGCGUGUACAUGAAAGCAUGUCUUCGGAGAUGCUGGCUCUUCAGAUCGAGCUGACUGAAAUGGAAAGUAUGAAGACCACCCUCAAAGAAGAAGUUAAUGAACUACAGUACAGACAAGAACAACUUGAAAGUCUUAGCAAUAACUUAAUGCACCAGGUAGACCGGCUUAAAGGAGAGAAAGAAGAGCGGGAGAAAGAAGCAGUUUCUUACUAUAAUGCCUUAGAGAAAGCUCGUGUAGAAAAUCAAGAUCUUCAGGUCCAGCUGAAUCAGGCACUCCAGCAAGCCUUGGAUCCCAAUAGCAAAGGCAACUCUUUGUUUGCAGAGGUGGAAGAUCGAAGGGCAGCAAUGGAACGCCAGCUUAUAAGUAUGAAGGUCAAGUAUCAGUCACUAAAGAAGCAGAAUGCAUUUAAUAGAGAACAGAUGCAAAGAAUGAAGCUGCAGAUUUCCACAUUGCUACAGAUGAAAGGAUCUCAGACUGAAUCUGAGCAGCAGGAACGGUUGUUUGCCAUGUUGGAGCAGAAGAAUGGUGAAAUAAAACAUCUUUUAGGUGAAAUUAGAAAUCUGGAGAAAUUUAAGAAUUUAUAUGAAAGUAUGGAAUCUAAGCCUUCCAUGCCAGACAGUUCUGGUGUUCUAGAAGACAAAACCUUCUAUACAGAUUUACUUCAGCUAAAACUUGAUAACUUAAACAAAGAAAAUGAAAGCACCAAAGGUGAAUUGUCUAUACAGCGAAUGAAAGCAUUAUUUGAGAGCCAGCGAGCCCUGGAUAUUGAGCGAAAACUUUUUGCAAAUGAAAGAUGCCUACAGCUUUCAGAAAGUGAAAAUAUGAAACUGAGAGCUAAACUAGAUGAAUUAAAGCUGAAGUAUGAACCUGAAGAGAAAACUGAAGUGCCUGUACUUAAGAAGAGGCGUGAGGUGCUACCUAUGGAUAUAACCAUCCCUAAAGAUGUGUGUGCCAACAAUGCUGAUGGGGAAGAAGUUCCUAGAUUCCCACCUCAGAAAGAGAAGGCACAGUCCUGCCCUAAUAAUUUAGAAGAUGCCAACUUGCAGUUAGAAAAACCGAUUUCUACCAACACUCCCAUAGCCUCUUUUUCUCCUCACAAAAAUCUUCCCAUGGAUAUACAGCUGAAGAAAGAAAAGAAAUGUGUGAAGCUCAUAGAUGUUCCAGCUGACGCUGAGGCCUUAAGCGAAAGAAGUGGAAAUACGCUUCGCUCUCCCAGGUCAGUGUCCUCUUUUCCUCAAGGCAGCCGGCCGACCUCUCCACCUCUUCUCUCUCGCUGCAUGAACUAUGCUGUUUGUUUCUUCAUCUAUCUCCUUAGCGUUGCAUGCAGUGUAAUUCCCCAGUUUCAUCUGCCCACCUUCAACUUUUCCAGAACUUUAAGAAAGACUAAAAUGAUUGCAAGGGGAAAAGACUCCUGAAUAAGGGAACCAUAUUAAAAAGUUAGGCUUUUUUGUUUUAUGGAAUGGAAAUAUCAUAGUCUAAUACCUGUCUGAGUAUUUCAAUGGUUUGAAUAAAUGUACUAUUAUUUUUCUCGUGGUUCAAUAGUAGCCAUGAAAGAAUAAUUAGCUUACCUUCUUGGAGGGCUUUCCAGUAGUCUAAGAUGUUUUGCUUAGAAAAUGUAGGUGAAAUUUGUUAUGGCUUUUGAUGUUGUUUAUACUAAGCCUUCAGAAAUGGGCUUUGAUACCUAUUUUGACUUUUUUUAAUAUCAAAGCUAAUUUAUUUUCAUUUUUUUGAACUUCAGAGCCUCUAGUUUCUGCAAAAUGGAGUUAGUGACUAAAAGAGGAAGUGCCAGACAUGUGUAUCUGAAUUAUUGUUUGGAGGGCUUUGUCCUUUAAAAAAAUAAAAAUAAUAGAGGUAAGAAAGUAAGAGAAAGCGAAUGGAGGGAAGGAUAGGGAACUGGCUGAAGCUAGUGUUCUGGAUACAUAGAAGGAUCAAAGAGCAAAGAAGGAUGGGAAAAUAGACAGGGCAAGCAUUUUUUUAAAAAGAUGAAGGAUGUUUGCAUGUAAUGCAAUCAUCAGUGUAUUUAAAAUAAACCUGUUUAGCCACUUAAAAUUACAUCUAUUGAUCUGUCAAUAGUUAACUUAGACUGUCUCCUGGAAAAAACCAAAAAUGAGAUGUUUUAAGUUGCUGCUCGGGCUAUAUCAGCCUUAGAGAGAGGGGUACAGAAUCACAUUAACCAGUGUGCAUUUGAUUGAAAUAAGGCACAGACACUUUGCAUAAAAGUACUUCCUUAUGUUUUGUCAGAUUUUUCUUUUAGUCUUCAGUGCUGCUAAAUGUAGUACUCAACAAUGAGCAAACAAUAUUAGCUAUUAUUAUUAUUAGGAAGCCUAUUAUUCCUUUCCUUGAAUUUUUAUAUAAUGUUAUAACCCAUAAGUCACAUAAGGAAAAGGUUGAUAUUAUUAGGGAAAGUAACUUCAAAUGGAUGAUCUGUGACAUGCACGCAUGGUUGGUUCCACAUCGUCCUGAAAUGAACUCAGUUUAUACUUGUUUGUAUGUGAUGCACUUUUGUAAGUGUGUUUGAUGUGUGCAUAUUUCUGAAAGUGGGUUUCCAGAAUCAAUCACUGUAGCUCUUGCUAUCUCUGUUCCUUUUAUUUCUUUUUCUGUGCUUUUUAACUUGAAAAACCUGUACGUAGCUAAUUGUUUGAUUCAAAUUAAAUCACAUAUUGGAAAAUUUUUGUCUUGCUAUUUAAGCAAAAGCAAAUAAAAUACCACAAAACAGA